AUGGGUCUUUUAGCACUUGGAACAGCGCUGGAAUGGCCUGAGGCCAAGAAAAAGGCGGGCCAGGUGCGCCAGUGGGGCAUUGAACAAUUACUUGCCAAUUGGCGCAGAGCAAAGGGUAAGGAGCGCGAUGCUCUUCUUUGGGGUGAUGAGGUUGAGUACCUCGUGGUAGCCCUCGAUGAUGCAGCAAAGAAAUCCCGGCUGUCCCUGGCCCAGGCUGACAUCUUAAAAUCAUUGGCGAGAGACGAAGCGCUGUGGAAAUCUGGAACUAGCAAGGGCAAUAAAAAUGGAGAGCAUGAGGGCGAGGAGCCUCCGCAUUUCCACCCCGAGUUUGGAAGGUUCAUGCUGGAAGCUACUCCGGGACAGCCGUGGGGCAUUGGGUUCAAGGAUCUACUCAAGGUAGAGUCCAAUAUGAAGUGGAGACGGGAAGUUGCGAGUGCCCACAUGGCGCCGAACGAAGUCCCCAUCACUUUAACAACUUUCCCUCGACUGGGAACAAAGGACGAUUACAUUCAGCCAUAUUAUCCUCCCUCUGGGCCAGCUCUUCGCUCGCAAUUUGUUCCCGAUGAGAUUGCCAAUCCGCACAUUCGGUUCCCGACUCUUGCUGCUAACAUUCGAUCACGCAGAGGCCGCAAGGUCGAAUUGAAUGUACCUGUUUUCCAUGACAUAAACACACCAAGGCCAUUCAAGGAUCCAACGGUCGAUUACGAUCUCCAUAAUUGGCCCGAAGAUGACGAUGUCCGUAAUGGUGCCGCCAAGGAUGAUCAUGUUUACAUGGAUGCAAUGGCAUUUGGAAUGGGAAGCUGUUGUCUGCAAAUCACCUUCCAAGCAAAGAACAUGACUGAAGGAAGACGCCUUUAUGAUCAGUUAAGUCCUCUUGGUCCUAUUUUACUGGCUCUUACUGCCGCCACGCCUAUCUACAAGGGUUUCCUCGUGGACACGGAUGUGCGAUGGAACCAAAUUGGCAAUGCAGUCGAUGACAGGACUCCCGAGGAACUUGGCGAAGCCCCUCUCAAAAAUGACCGCUGGAGAAUCCCCAAGUCUCGAUAUGCCUCUAACUCUACCUACAUCUCCCAAGAUCCUCGAUUGCGGAAGGAGUAUUUCGAUCCUGAUCUAGUUGUCGAUGAAGAUAUCAAGAAGCGCCUCAUGGACGGGGGAAUGGAUGAUCUUCUUGCCACUCAUUUUGCACACCUCUUUAUCCGCGACCCAUUGGUCAUUUUCUCCGAAGAUCUUGAAGAGCUUGAUCUCAACAAGGGCGACCACUUCGAGAACUUACAGUCUACCAACUGGCAACACAUGCGAUUCAAGCCACCACCACCCGACAAGGACGAUAUCGGCUGGAGAGUUGAGUUCCGCUCCAUGGAGAUUCAGAUUACCGAUUUUGAGAAUGCGGCGUUCAGCAUUUUCAUCGUCCUUAUUACUCGUGCCAUCUUGAGUUUCGAUCUCAACUUUUACAUCCCGAUUCAGCGUACAACUGAGAACAUGGAAACAGCACACGCUCGCAACGCUAUCCAUGACCGGAAGUUCUGGUUCCGCAAGGAUCCCUUCUCUCGCAGAAUUCCUCGGAGCGCACAGCAGUCGAUGAACGGCAGCACCUUCUCAUCCACGACAUCCUCGGCUGUCAACACUCCUCCUCCCUCUCCUCCUCUUGGUCCCGUUGACUCCGAGUUCGAGCUCAUGACCAUCUCCGACAUUGUUAAUGGCUGUGCAGACGGCACAUUUCCAGGUCUGAUUCCACUCGUGGAAUCCUACCUUAACAGCGUCAAUGUUGACGUCGAGACCAGAUGUUUCCUAGCCAGCUAUCUUGACCUUAUUCGCAAGCGUGCCGAUGGAACUCUCUGGACCGGGGCUCGAUGGAUCCGUGAAUUCGUUGCCAAGCACCCUUCAUACAAGCAAGACAGCGUUGUCUCCGAGGAGAUUACCUACGAUCUUGUGAAGGCUGUUGAAGAGAUGACUAUCAAAGAAGGCAAAAAUGGAUCAGUUGGAUGGGAGCUGCUCCGAGGCAAAAAGAACUAA